AUGUCCAUCCGUCAAUGGAAAGCAGCCAUUUGCCAGUCUGAGCCAUGCUGGUUCGACAAGGCAGCCGGCAUUAAAAAGUCAAUCAAGCUUAUCAACGAAGCCAGCCAGAAUGAUGCCUCCCUGAUUGCCUUCUCCGAGGUCUGGAUCCCAGGCUACCCCAAUUUUCUCUGGUCCGGAACUUACAGAGAGAACAUACCCCUGGUGCAAAAGUACAUGGCAAACAGCAUGUCUGCUCAUGGGGACGAGAUGCUGCAGAUCCGACAGGCUGCUGCCGCUGCAAAGAUGUAUGUAUCUUUUGGCUUCAGUGAGCGUGUCGGGGCGUCGCUGUAUCUCGCCCAGGUUCUCAUUGGACCUGAUGGAAACAUCUUACUUCAUCGUCGGAAGACUAAGCCUACACAUGUUGAGAGAACCAUAUUUGGUGAUUCUACUGGGGACUCUCUCACCACUGUUGUGGCCACCCCUUUGGGAAGAAUUGGCAUGCUUAAUUGCUGGGAACACCUGCAACCUCUUCUCAAGUACCACACAUACUGCCAAGGAGAACAAGUUCAUAUUGCUGCAUGGCCGUUCAACGCCAAGUGGACGCCCAACGCAGUCGAACCAUACUCAGUCUUCUCCGAGGCCAACGAGGUCACAGCUAGUCGCAUGUAUGCCCUUGAGGGUGCUGUCUAUGUCCUAGUCACCAAUCAGCCACUCUCAGCAGAAGGUGCCAGGCUCAACAGUCAAGGUCAGGGUAAUGCGGAUAAAGAUGGCUUCAUGCUCGCCGGCGGCGGAGGUCGUGCAUCGGUCUUCGGGCCAGACGGAAGACAACUUACCGAACCCACUGAUCCAAACUACGACGGUCUAAUUUACUGCGACAUCGAUCUUGAUCAGAUUGACUAUGCCAAGACCUUGACGGAUUGUGUUGGACAUUACUCCAGGCCUGAUUUGCUGCGCUUGGUGGUCGAUGAUCAGCCCAAGAACUAUGUUGUUCGCGUAUCGGAUGAACCUACAAAUACUCCCUACCAUACGGGAACGAGCAGCGAGACACUUCUUUCUGCACAUAGAACGUUGGAUGUACUGCUUGCUGAGAAGGCCAAGUCAGCUCGCGAGGACAACGGCUUUGCUGACAAGGUAAACAAGGCAAACGGGGCAGACGGAAAGACCCAGGAGACAAACGGAGUUCAGAUAUAA